UUUCUGAAUCACAGAUCCGGUCAACACCGGCACGUAGGGUGUCUCUAAUGGUAUGUGGUAAUAUAAAUAGCCCCUCUUUAUACCUGGUACGAUAAAUUCCUGCCUAAGGGCUGUAGAGAACGAUAAAAGUCCUGUAGGUUAUUGGUAGACCAUGACUUUACUGAUUCUGUUUUCUGUCUUUGGUUUACUAGAGGGAGCACACCAAGGGAUUCUCAACUUGUAUCACCAGAAAUAUAGCGGCGAUGGUACCUACUACGGGGCUGGAACAGGUGGUACCUGUAGCUACCCCCCACCCAGUAUGCCCCCCGUGGCCAGUAAACUAGACAAGUUGGUGGCCCUGAAUGCUCCCCAGUUCUAUGGAUCUCUGUCAUGUGGAAUGUGUUUCAGAGUUCAUGGAACUGGCCAGGGAGCUGGCAAUGACCCAAUAACUGGAACCUUUACCGUCUACGUCAAGGACCUCUGUCCGGAAUGUCACGCCGGCUCUUUGGACUUGGCUGAGAAUGGAGACGGAAGAUGGAAGAUCCAAAUUCAGGCCAUCCAGUGUCCAGUCGGAAACACCAAAAUCGAAUACAAAUUCCAAGGCAGUAAUAACUGGUAUCUGAAAUUACAAAUACGAAAUGCAAGAAUCCCGGCUACCAAAGUGGAGAUGUAUCAACUAAAGUCUCAAAGAUGGUCAGCUUUACGUCACACUUCAGACGGAUUCUGGAUAUUCGGCAAUGACCAUAUUGAUAAACCAGUGGUCACUCCAAUUAGAGUACGCCUGACCGCAGCCAAUGGAGAAACCGUGGUGGACCACAUCCCCAGACUGGCAAACGACGCUGUUAUACAUGGAGACGGAGUACAAUUCAGCCUGGAUUCCUCCUUACCUCAUUAACAUUACAUCCACUGUAAAUCCAGUCAUCUUGUUUCAUAAAAAGUGUUUAAAAUUUGAAUUAUGUAUGUGGUGCUUUAUAAAUGAAUACUCUAUUCUUGGAUGAUCAAAUAGUUAUAAUAAAUUGGAAUAGAAGCUU